UUCUGCAACUUUGUCUUCUUACUUCAAUGGAAAUCAGCAGAGAAAAUUAUCAGAAAGACCUGGAAAUUGGUCUUUCACUGAAAAUUGAUCAUCAUCCUAAACAAGAACGAGAACGAGAAGAAGAAGAUGACGUCGACGAAGAAGAGGAAGACGAAUACGAGAAGAUCGAAGAAGCAUCAGCUGCAGCAGAAGAAGAAGAGAUCAAAGGGGAUGAUAUUGAAGAUGAACCCAAAGCAGCUGCCGGGGAAGUGGAAGAUGAUGCCUCAGUAGUACUGGAAUCUUUGCAUGAAAAUAACAUGAAGACAGGUCAGGAGUUAUGCGCUUUGCAAAUUGAGAUGAGUCGCAUGAAAGAUGAAAAUAAGGUUUUGAGGAAGGUCGUCGAGCAAACCAUGAAGAAUUAUUACGAUCUUCAAAUGCAAUUUACUCAUGUUCAUCAGAAUAGUCAAAUCGAGACCUUUCUAUCGCUUCAUGGUAAUGAUCAUGAUGAAGCUGAUCUUCCAAAAAGUAGUAUUCCAAGGAUGUUGGAUAUUCGUCAUCAUAGAUCUCCAUCACCGGCUCAUGAGAAUGAUAUUAUCAAAGAGAGUCAACUAGGGUUGUCAUUGAGACUACAAACAAAUGAAUUUGGGGAUCAACGAGAAGAUCAAGAUUCCCAAGAGCGUAACAAGGAAGAAUUGACGGGUGGUAGCCUCACAUCAUCAGUACAACACAAGCUGCAGCGGACCGAUUUGGCCGGAAUCACUAGCCAUGCUGCCCAAACCAACAGAAAAGCUAGGGUUUCAGUUAGAGCAAGAUGUGAAUCUGCCACAAUGAAUGAUGGGUGUCAAUGGAGGAAAUAUGGGCAGAAAAUCGCUAAAGGAAACCCUUGCCCAAGAGCCUAUUACCGUUGUACAGUAGCUCCUGGAUGCCCUGUUAGAAAACAGGUCCAAAGAUGCCUAGAGGAUAUGUCCAUACUGAUAACAACAUACGAAGGAACACAUAAUCAUCCACUUCCAGUAGGUGCAACUGCCAUGGCUUCCACAGCUUCCGCGGCAGCUGCUUCCUUUAUGUUACUAGGUUCAAGCAAUCACCAUCUUUCAGAUGAAACCCCAACCUCUUCUAGUUUCACGGCCCAAGCCUCCCUCCCUUCUAGUAACUACUACAACACGCCUCACCACGUGUUAAACAACCAUUACUCCUCAUCAAUAUCUCAUCAAUAUUCCUCCUUAGCCAACUUCAGAACCCUAAAUUCGGUUUAUCAUCAGCCUCAUCACGACCCUUCGAAAGGCAUCGUUCUCGACCUCACGAACAACUUCGGUAAUACUACUAGUAGUACUAUUAUGGCUUCAGCUGGCUCUUCCUCCCACUCAUCUGCACUGCCGGGGUUUAACAAUUGGAUGAAUACCAAGCCUGCAAAUUAUCGCCAUAACGCUGGUAAUAGUACGAUGAUAAUGGGAAACCAUCAUCUGUUGGGUAACAGCAUGAGAACAUCUGCAGAAGAAAACAAAGCGUCGUCGGCAUUAAUGGCUGAAAAUGUGAGUGCUAUUGCCUCAGAUCCUAAAUUUAGGGUUGCUGUUGCAGCUGCUAUUUCAUCUCUCAUUAAUAGUAAAGAGAAUAAUACAACUCAUCAUAAUAAUAAUAAUAAUAAUAAUAAUAAUAAUAAUAUUGAUCCAAGCAAGGAUAAUGGAGGGAAAGGUGGUAGCUAA